AGACAACCUGCCCGCCCACAGAAGACGACGCUCGUCCCAUUUCCGAUAUUCUGUCAGAGGAUGCCCACUGGUACGCGCGGCCGAAGGAAGCGACACACGGGACGGCCAUCGAUUUUUUUCCGCGUCUACUCAGAUCCUCCUAUACGAGUCGAUUGCGUGAUACCCUCACCAUCGCUUCCCCAGCCUACCGCAUAAAUCCUUGCAGUCGUCAACGAAAUGGGUUUACCAUUCUCAAAUACCCUCCGUGGACACCGCUCAAAGUCUCUGAAAGGCCUCUCACCACACAUCACCGAUGGCUAACACACCCCACGGCAGCGUCCUGAAGGACCUAGUUGCUCGCGAUGGGCCUAUACGCCAAAACCUGAAGGAGGAGGCCGGAAAGCUCCCUGACAUCACGCUCACGGAGCGUCAACUAUGCGACCUGGAACUCAUUAUGAACGGUGGUUUCAGUCCGCUGGAGGGUUUCAUGAACGAGAAGGACUACACCAACGUCAUCGAGUCUUUGCGCCUUGCUGACGGCACCCUGUUCCCCAUGCCUAUCACUCUUGAUGUCUCUCGGGAAGACAUCGACCGCCUCUCAAUUGCCUCCGGAUCGCGCAUAGCUCUUCUCGACCCCCGAGAUGACCAGCCUCUUGCCAUCAUCACCAUUGAGGAUGUCUACCGCCCAGACCAGGUGAAGGAAGCUAUCAAUGUGUUUGGUGCAGACGACCCAGCGCACCCGUCAGUAUCCUAUCUUCGCCGCAAAGUGAAGGAGUACUACAUCGGUGGCAAGGUUCAGGCAAUUGAGCCACCGGUGCAUUUUGACUACGUCGCCCUGCGCUACACCCCAUCCGAACUGCGCGCACACUUCAAGAAGCUGGCAUGGCGCAAGGUGGUCGCCUUCCAGACACGGAACCCCAUGCACAGAGCGCACCGUGAGCUCACGGUCCGCGCCGCCCGUCUGCGACAAGCCAACGUUCUCAUCCACCCAGUCGUCGGUCUCACCAAGCCCGGAGACGUCGAUCACUACACCCGUGUCCGUGUCUACGAGGCUAUCAUUGCCAAGUAUCCGAAGGGCAUGGGCCACCUUGCCUUGCUCCCUCUCGCAAUGCGCAUGGCCGGUCCUCGCGAGGCCGUCUGGCACGCGAUCAUCCGCAAGAACUUCGGCGCCACACACUUCAUCGUUGGCCGCGACCACGCAGGCCCCGGGAAGAACUCGCAGGGGAAGGACUUCUACGGCCCGUAUGACGCGCAGGAUCUCGUCAUGAAGUACCACGAUGAGCUGCAGAUCGAGAUGGUGCCGUUCCAGCAGAUGAAGUAUCUGCCGUCGACGGACGAGUACGUGCCUGUCGAUGAGGUCCCGAAGGGUGAAGAGACUCUUGACAUCUCCGGAACUGAGCUCCGAAAACGCCUCAAGACCGGCGGGCCCAUCCCUGACUGGUUCAGCUAUGAGGCUGUUGUUAAGACUCUUAGGGAGAGUUACCCGCCCCGAUUGAAGCAGGGCUUCGUCGUGUUCCUCACGGGUCUGCACAACUCUGGAAAGGAUACCAUCGCCAAGGCUCUCCAAGUCGUUUUGAACGAGCAGGGCGGCCGAAGCGUGUCUGUCUUGUCAGGGGACAACAUCCGCUCCGACCUCGACACACCGUUCAGCUACACCCCGGAAGAGCGGACCAAGAACCUCGAGCGGAUAGCCUUCGUCACCGCUGAGCUCGCACGCGCCGGUGCUGCCGUCAUCGCGGCACCCAUCGCCCCGAGCCAAGCCGCCCGGGACGCCGUGAAGGACACUGUAAUCCACACUGCCGGUGCGGGCGGGAACUUCUUCACCGUCCAUGUCGCGACACCUCUCGAAUUCUGCGAGGCGCACGACAGGAGGAAUGUGUACUCGCGAGCACGCAAGGGUGAACUGAAGCACGUCCCGGGUGUGAACGAGGAGUACGAGACUCCUGAGCGGCCAGACUUGACCGCCGACUUGACUACGCAGAGUGUGCCCGAGAUCGUGCACAGUAUUGUCUUGCUGCUCGAGACACAGUCGCUACUAUAAGUAGUUGCUUCGGAUGUCACAUUGUGACAUGCGUGCCGGUGUUCCGCAUCGGCGAGUUGUCUGCUUUCCCUUUCCGAACCCACACUUGAUUGUCGUGUUGUUGUUAGUCUCUGAAUCCGUCCAUAGAGUCUCAGGAAGAUAAUCGUUCCAGUUGUGUCUUGGACGAGUAGAAUGUUCGUGCUCAUGUCACAUUGCAUACACUCUGCUAGGUAGAAAUCAAGCAAAAAUAGAGCAAACAUUUCAAAACGUA